AUGAUCCUUAACAACGUUCAUAGAUGUUUUCGAGUUCUUUUUGGUCAAUCUGUAAAGAAAAGAUAUUCCUCGGAAACAUCAAAACCAGGGGGUAGAGUUCGUAGAGCAAAGUUCAAAGAAUGGCUAGCCAAUGAGGCCAAAUUAUUUGAAAAACCUUUGUUAAACAAAACUAAUUACUUGGCUUCAGAUGUACCAUUUCCAAUGAAUCCAUAUUUUAAACCACAGCCACCUUUAUCAGAUUUAAUAAAAGAAGAAAUAUGGAAGGGAGUAAUGAUUGAAGAUAAAACAGUGCGAGAGAUUGGUACAAAAUAUAAUAUUUCAUUAAAACGUAUUCAAGCCAUAGUUAAAUUGAAAAAUCUUGAGAAAGAUAUGGAAAAAGAGGGAGUUCAAUUACAAAAAAAUUUUUGUAAUCAUAUGGAAAAAAUGUUGGGAACACGUGUAAGUGGAGAUGAUAAAUUAUUUGAAACUGAUAUAAAGAUGGGGAAGCCUAGAUUUGAAUUGAUCGAGGAAGAGAAAGAAAUGACAUCAGAGGACGCAGCGAAAUUAUUGCACAGGAAAAGUCUUAAAAAAAGAAACGAAGAGCAAAAAAAUUUUGAAGAAGCAAUUGAUUCGUCAUUAAAGGACAGAAGAUCUAUUAAAUCAGAAAAUGUAAAAAAACAAAUGAAAGAAAUAUGUCAAAAUGAUGAAGAGAAGAAUAAAAGAUUUGAAUUCAGAUUUAAAGACGUUAAUACUAUGGAUGUUUUUAUUCGUGAUAAAGACGGUAAAUUAUACCAUCAGAAAAAAAAUCGGCAAUCAAUAUAA